CUUGUCAAAGAUGCUUAUCCAACAUCUAAGCUAAGUGCUCAGUGGAACCAAGGACAAAACCUCAUUAUUAUGACCUAUAACAGUUAUGCCUGGUGCACUAUUGAUAUGAUCCGAUAUUUCAGGAAGGAUCCUGAAUGGUUGUUGGCCUAACCUCAUUAAUUCGCACCUUCAAAAUUAUAUAUAAUUGUAGGCCUACUGUAACUGUAGUCGGGGAAAUUAUUUUUCAUGUUCGUCCUCUUCGUCCCAUUUUUGCACUCAUUUCACAGCCUGAUCUUUCUAGCCUACAGGUUGUUCAAAGGAGAAUUACAGCAACGGCAUCAACUAUGAAGCUCCCAGUCCUGCAGGGCACUGUGAGUCCUUCAGCAUCACCGCGUCCCGGUGCCCCCCGGUCCACCGUCACCAUGUGAGCCCCCUUCCGACAGCAACACUCUGCACGCCGAACAUCUCAGCAAGAUGCUCCGCUAAGACCCCUCGCUGUGCUAGAACCUCCAGAGUCUCUGCCCCGACCCGCACCAUGAAGACCAAAGGCCUGCCCACACUCUCCCCGUCCCACCAGACCCACAAGUCCCGCUUCAGCCUGCGGAGCAAGAAGAAGAAAGCGGGGGUCAUCCGAGGCAAACUGCGCAUUCGCUCCAUCCCGGGGGCCUUCCUGGUGCUGGGGAUCGUGGUGGUGGUGGUGGGCACGGGGCUCGCUGUGGCGGGCUACUGGCCGUACCGGAUCUCCCGCGCUUCCAUGCUGGGGCCCGGCGAGGCGGAGGGCGUCUCCAACACUCAGACGUCGAGCUGGAGCCUGGGAGCCAAGAGCUUGCUGACCACGGCCGGACUCAUCCACAGCGAGCGCAUGAAGCUCCUCGGCCCCGUCAUCAUGGGGGUGGGGCUCUUCAUCCUGAUCUGCGCCAACACGGUCCUCUACGAGAACCGCGACCGGGAGACCCAGGUGCUGCUGGCGCAGAUGCGCAACGUCAUCUGCUCCGUGUCCGCCGUGGUGCCCUCGGCGGAGCUGACCGAGAUGGCCGUGACUAACUCCAUGGCCAAACAUUACCAGUGGGUGAGCACCCUGCCCGCCGCCCACCUCAACAUCCUGUGUCUGCAGGCCAGCUCCGAGCCCCUGCUAAUCACCAGGACUCAGCAGCAGCAGCAGCAGGAAGAGACGGCAGAGGGGAAAUACCAGCGGGCGGUCCAGUGGACCCAGGCGCUGCACCACCAGGAGUCGGCCUCCACCCCCUCCCUUCACUCCUCCUCCAGCUCCCACAACUCCAGCGCGACGGACCUCACCUCCAGGCUCAACCCCGGGCGGGAGGCCGCCGCCGCCGCCGCCGCCGCCGCCGCCGUGCCUCCGGUCCGCCCGGCCUCCAGCUCACAGUACAGCAACUGCCUGGUGUCGGCCAGCUCCAUGUCCACUCUGGAGGGCGAGGACCCCGAGGUGGCCACGCCCCGGCGCUGCCACAGCGUCAGCUACAGGACUAACCCCCGCGGGGCCCCGCUCCUGCGGGAGGGCGGUCGGGAGGAGCGCGGGGGGCCCAGGGCCUUGAGGAGGGAGGCCAGCCUGCAGGUUUACGUCAACGUCCCGGAGCAGUCACGGGGCCCGCCGCCCAGCGAGGGGAGGCCGAGCGAGGAGGAGGAGGCCCACCGCAGCUGGCCCCGGCUGGACCUGGGCUGCGGGAGGAGGUACCUGAAGCUGGAGAACAAGGAGGACUCUGUGGACAGGCUGCUGGAUCAGAUGGAGCAGCAGUGUUCUCCCUGGGACAAGAGCUUCGGCUCCGGGCCGUUCCAGUGAGGGGGGGGGGGGUGCAUCAUGGCCUCCCUUUCUCUCACGGUCAAAGGAUUUAUUUUUCUUCCGAUUGCGCAGUCGUUGUUGAGGAAGGAGGAGUGCUUUUUAUUUUUUUUUCCUGGGUAUUCAUGUCGCACUUUAUUUGAUAUGACAUGGAACCGCUGGAGCGCCGGAUUUGAAAUUGAUGUCAAUUCUAUUCCUGAAGGGUGUAUAGACACAACAUACCGCCUUGGUUUAAUCCAUUGGAUUUAUCAUUCUAACAAAGGCCUUGGUCUGAAAAAGGAUUAUCUGGAUUCUCAUUUUGAUUUUGUAUUUUUUGAAGGUGAACCGAGAGUCGAAUUGUUUAGCAGUUUUGUCGGCAGUGCAGAAAAGUGACUUAUCUCUUGUUGCUAAAGCAGUUGCUUGUUCUUCCAACACACCAGGAAGCCCGUUGAGAGGGGAAGAAAGGCCAGAUUAAGGGACGGCUUCACUGUGCAAUCCAUUGAACACUAAACUACCUGGAGCUCUAGCCCGUACGGUGCUAACAGCUUCCCCAGAUAGAGAAGAGCUUGUUUUCUAUUGUUGUUGUUCCAGUUGGGAGUCCCAUAUUCUUAAAGCAUUGCAUGGUAGCGAUGUACAGGAUGUCACAUCUUUAUGCAACAUGACCCAGCCACUAGGGCGAACGUUACAAGGGAAAAUAUUUGUUAAUCUGUGGUAAGGAGAAUUGUAUGUUUUGUCCUAAUCUUCCUAUUCGCCAUCUCCUUACAGCAGCUAGCAUUAGCGCAUUAGCGCUAAUGUGUUAGCCACCUUUAAGUGAAUUCUGUGUUUAAGCAGAGGGUCACUCCUGCUACAGCUCAGUACCAACAUAACGUACUGGAAUGGAUAACUGCGUUGUGUGUGUGUGUGUGUGUGUGUGUGUGUGUGGAGGGGGGGGAUGUGGCGAUCAGCAUUCUUGCAUGCAUGUGAAACCACGUAGAGAACAGGAGGUUGGAUUCCGGGAUGAUGAAAGCAAAAAGGUUUUUCCAGAGCCCGACUGAUAUUGUUUUUGAUAUUGAUACUGGUAUCAGUGUAUAAGCGGUUGUAUAUGUCAAUACAAUACAAUAUACAGUAUAUGUCAUGCAAUGUAAAAAAAAAAAUUAUGUCUCACAAAUAAUAUCAUUGUGUAACCCAGGCUAUAUUUUUGACCAUUGCCUAAUUACGGAGUAUUAUUGACGACAAUUCCAUUUCCAAAGAAAUCAGCUAAAAUAUAAUAUAUAUAUAUACUGCAUCAAAUAUUCAACCAUUGGUAACGAGGUUCAGUGGGGUGCUGAACUGAAAGGGGUCCUCCAU